CUCUAAUACCUGCUUCUUGAGCCAGUAGACAUUUAAAACGGGGUCUUGAAUUCGGCGGCAGACAUUAUCGCCGCCGAUGGUCAAAUAUGGCCUGCACAAUUCCAAUGUCUUUUUUCACGUUCAAAAAGCUUCAUCACGCGAUGAUACUUGUCUUUGCUGUGUUUUUCAUAUCACUCUCACACACAUCAGACUACAGCUCAGAGGUCUGCGGAACGUGGAAGCGUUUUAAACAAUCCUGUUACAUUCGCUCCUUCCAGCCCGUCACUCGGGCCCAGGCGGACGAGGCUUGUCGCAGGCUCGGUAGCGAACUGGUAGAAAUCAGCGAUAACGAGGAGCAGGAGUUUGUGUACAGGAAUCUUGUCGAUGUGCCUAGGCCUGUUGGAGUGUGGACUGGACUUAUCAGGUCCGCCGAGACAGACGAAUGGUCAUGGAAUAACCGGACCGCUCCGACUUUCUUUUAUUGGGGCUACGGCGAGCCCAAUAACUACAUGAGCAGAGGGGAGAACUGCUCCGAAAUGCGUUAUUGGGAUGGGAUGUGGAAUGAUGUACUGUGUGUUAACAAGUAUGGGUACGUUUGUGAGAAAGCCAUCUUCGUAACCCAAGCUGGCGUCUUCUCAAGCAACAUCGAGCGCCUAGGAAUGGCUUUACAAGGUCAUUUGAUCUCCACAAUCAAGGUCAACGACUUAAUGCAGUGUUUUGACAGCUGUCAAUCAAUGUCAAGCUGCCUAUCAAUCAACUUUCAGUACUCAAGAAAGGAGGGAACCUGUGUCUGUGAAUUGAACAAUUCCACAAGAGGAUUAAGACCGAGCGAGUUUCAUAGGCGCCAAGGAUUCUGUUACUAUGACUAGCACUUUCACUGCCAAUAACCAUUCAAGUGUAAGGAGAUGGAAUGGCAGCUGCAUAAAUUAGACUUCCCUGCAAUAACUGAUCGAUACGAAAUAGGCUUUCUCGUGACAACAACAGAAUGCUUCUUAUUUACAAGGUUAGGAUAAUCAAUUUGGGAACAGUCCAUUUGAAAUAUUAUUUGCGUGAAUUAUUACAUGAUCAUGUUGCUAUAAAGUCGUGAAGAGAUUUGCUUGGUUGAUCAUAUUAGGAGUGAACGUUGCUCGCUGAUAUCUUAUAAGAACAUUAUAUACAUAAGAAGGGGGGGGGGGGGGGCUAGGGCGACUUGGAGACGACGCGCAGGUCAAUGGUCAAGAAUAACGGAGUAAUAAAGUUGCACAGUGAUUGUUAUACAACAAGGAGGACAGAGACGUAAGGUCGUAAAGUGCGUAGAAUUCACUCAGUGAUACUCAGACUGCAGUACGUUUUUAGACGUGUGGAGUUUAUGGUCGUAAAGAAGCGUAAGAUAUUUACUCAACGAUAGUAACACUAUAUUACUUCUAGAGACACGUAGACGACGUAGAAGUAAAAGAAUAUUUAGUAAGAAUGUUAACCCAAGAAUAUUCAUCGAGAAAGUGUUCCUGGACCGCUAGGAAGGCAAUGAGCGGAGGUGUUUCUACAUCACUAGAGCAAGGAAUAAGUGCGGGUGUUUCUUUUGCCUCGUGACUCCACAACAUCUUGAUCAUAAGGUGACGAAUCGUGAGGUAUUUGAGUACAUACCACGGAAAACUAUGGGAAAUUUGUUAUAAAACCAGGAGAGCAUAAAUUGUAAGGUGGUGACACUCAAAGUGGUGUCAAUAAAAAUAAAAAAAGAUUGGCGCAA